UAAGAAUGGGAUUUCACUCAAGUUCAUAUGGGUGUGAAGACAGAUGACAAAAUAGUUUUGGGAAUAUAGUAUAUUUAUAUAAUCGCACUAGAUGUUCUUAAGUGUAAUGUUCAGCUGUUUAAAGAAGAACAAUGCAAGGUUUCAUAACAUGGACAUUUUUUUAAAGCAUUUUGAUGUAAUAGAAAAUGAAGGAAAGCAAAAACAUCUCUUUUCCCCUCCUUCAUGAGCUCAGUCCAUGCAGGUGUUAUGAGGUUUAGACUUGUGUGAUAAAACAUCAACAUUUUCAGUAUGAUACUGCAGAAAUGUUACUGAUAGAAAUGGUGUGUAGUUAAAACUUGUUUUCCGAAACUCUUAAUUCAUUUACCGUGGCUCUUUCUAUUUUUAGCUUUUCUUCCAUUGCAAUAAUUUUCUAAACUUAUCCACAAAAUGUUACAAGCUUCACAUGCAACAGCUUGUCACCAACCAUGAGCUACUCACCUUUUCAACCUCAGUGUAACUGGGCAAAAUCAUUAAUGACAUACAUUUCAGAUAAUUGCUGUGCUUUUAUUUAUUCUUAUUUAAGAGUAAUAUGUGUGGUCUGAAUACUCAAUGACAUCGUGGCUGAUAUGAUCCCAUUGAAAGGUGAUUUGUAGUUUUUGCCAUAUGCAUAAUGUCGUUUAUAAAUCUGUAUUUUAUCAACAAUGUCCACCUGAAGUCAUUCCUCUGAAUGUAUAUUGGCUUUCUUGAAAGAUCUGUGGGGUCCUGGGGUACCUUACUGCCAUGGACCCUGCCUCCCGAGCCACAGCCUUCCCAGUGAAUCUUGUAUCCAUGUUGCCUUACAUACAUACUUGCCACUCUAAUCUAGUGGUUAUUCUGUCAUGUUUCAAGUCCACAUUAAGAGAAAUGCAAUGAGAUCUUUUAGUAAUAGCAAGUUUGUGAAUUAAGCUGUUAUUAUUCCAGGUUUAUAUGAUGUUAAUGUUGUUGUUUUUUUGUUCACACAGAGAGAUUGCCAGUCCUGACCGGCUAUGGAGUGGUGUUGGCUUCAGACUGGAUGACAGGGUCUACGAGGAGGACAGGGUCACAAAGUUUCUGUAGCAGCAGCAGCAGCAGCAGGCUUUUCCUAGAUGUACACUGAGCGGGAUUGACAGCCUGCACAGCCGACCUCUUUCUCCUCUUCUCUGUUGUGAUACACUUUCCCUUCCCUUUCUGCCCUUCUUUUUGCACUUCUCUUUUCCUCUCUCCCACUUCUUGUUUUCCUUUUGUUUUCCCAUAUAAUUUCCUUAGCCUUCUGUUAGACUCAACGUCAUUGAGUUUUAGUGACCUUUAGUCUGCUUUAAGCUGGUUUCACUAUGAGCUGGCUGAGCAGAUUAAACCCACGGGCUUCUGGGAGUCGGUCGAGCCGGAGUGCUGCCCCUUCCAGCCCCUGCACUGCAGACCCAGAGACCUGUCUCAUGGUGUUUGAGAACCACUGGAGACAGAUAUCUUGGGUGUUGGAGCAGCAUGAGACUUCAUCCUCCAGCGAUGACCUUACGGCAGUGAGAAACAACACCGACCAGAUGUUAUGUUUGCUGGCAGAGGAGCGUCCUGCUGAGAGCUCAGAGAGCGGCGCCAGCGUGCCACCUAUGGGGCCCAUACUGGAGCUUGUGGUCACAGAGAAUAUCCUGGAGAAGCUGGUUCAGUGGCACCUUCGCCGUGGCUUGGACCCAGACAGCCAGGGUGCACUGCUCAAACUGUUUGAGAUGCUUAUCGGUCAGUCCCAGCAGCCCCUGCUCCAGCACACAGCCAUUCUCCACCCCCUCCUGAGGCUCCUGGGAGCUUGUGCUGACCCAGAACUCGGCUGUCCUUCAGCUCUGGAGAACAGCCUGGUAUUGUUGCUUAACCAGAUCUGUGUGUCAAUGGCCCGACAGCCGGUGGUUCUAGAGAUGUUGUUCCGGGCUGCACCAGCCCAGCAGGGCUCAACCAACCUGCUGAUCUUUUCCCUGCUUGUGCCAUUCAUCCACCGAGAUGGAGCCAUUGGACAGCAGGCGCGAGAUGCACUACUGCUUGUAAUGGCGGCGUCAGCCAGUCACGAGGCUGUUGCACGAUACAUCGCUGAGAACUCCUACUUUUGUCCGGUGUUGGCGACAGGCCUCAGCGCUCUUUAUUCCUCUCUGCCGAGGAAGAUAGAAGUUCGAGGAGAUGACUGGCAUGCCCUUCGGCGGGAGGACUGGAUGGGCGUGUCGUCGCUCGUGCUCUUCAUGAACUCGCUCGAGUUCUGCAACGCUGUGGUGCAGGUCGCCCAUCCCCUGGUCCGCUCACAGCUUUUGGAUUACCUUCACAACGGCUUCCUUGUACCUGUCAUCGGCCCCGCCCUGCAUAAGUCAUCGGUGGAUGAGAUGAUCGCCAGCACAGCCUACCUUGAUCUUUUCCUGCGCAGUAUAACAGAGACUUCCCUCCUCAAAACUUUCCUGCGCUUCAUCCUGCUGCAUCGCCAUGACAAUGACACCAUCCUGGACACGCUGCUCACGCGCAUAAGCAGCAAUUCAAGGCUCUGCAUGGUAUCGUUAAGCCUCUUCAGGACUCUCCUGUCCUUGAAUUGUGAAGACGUCAUGCUGCAGCUUGUACUCAGGUAUCUCCUGCCAUGUACUCACGUAAUGCUGAGUCAGCGUCGUGCUAUCAGGGAGACUGACUUAUACGGAAAGUCAGCGGACAAGUUCCUGUCAUUAAUCCCAGAGUGCUGCCGGUUCAACGCAGCUGCCUCCUCUGAGAGAGAUGAGGAUAAUCCAUUUUGGGGCAAAGUACUGAAUAGUCCCAGCACAGAGUCUCCUGCCCCACCCAGACCCAGCACUCCAUCCCGCUUGUCCUUCUUCAUGAGACAGCAGAGCAGUGGAGGUGGAUCAGGAGGUGGAGGUGCUCCUACCUCCUCUAGCAUGGAUCCAAUGCAGUCCAGUUCUUCGAGCUCCCACCAGAUGUCUCCUGACAGCCCAAUGCACCAUCAGCAGACCCACACAGAUUGUCUGGACUGGGAUUCAGGUUAUCUGGAGUAUCUUAAGGACGCUCGGAGGAGCAUUGAGCUUUGCUCUUGGGCUUGUCGUGACUGGUCGGCACCAUAUGAUGGCGAAAACCCAUCCCCAAACACAGCCCCGCCACCCCCACUUCCCCCUACCUCCAAUGUCCCAAUGACUAUGUUCCCUGAGCACUUCUCUUUCCAGCAGGGAGGAAGUCAUAACUCUUCUCCCGGUCAGCAAAGGGCAGCCAUUGUGGCAGCAGCGCGGUCUGAAUGGAGUAGCUCUGAGCGGGACAGCGGAGAGUGGGAUGUUACGAUUGGCAAAAACAGCUGCAUCAGCCUAACGCCUCGCUCCAAGAAACGCAGCCUUCAGAGAGAGGAGCUGCCUCCCAAGCCUGUACCUCCUCUCGUACCUUCUUCGUCUUCAGCAACCGCUUUAUCCACUUCUCAUCCCAUCUCCUCCCCAGCUCCUCACAUCCCCUCAUCUGCCAUCACUGUUAGCUACCAGGCUAUGUUCAAUGGAACAAUGGUGCAGGGAGACGGGUGCUCAGACAGUCGUGAUAGAGGACUGGAGGUGAAGAAAGUGAAGAGGGACUUGGGUGAUCAGCAGUAUUUGGAUGAAAACGCCAACCAAAAUGGUUCCCUUGUUAACUGCCCCUCGCAAAGCUGCACUGCUCUCCCAAAGUCUAUUUUCAGCAACAGUGACAUCAGUGAUGCACAAUCUCUUUGUCCUAGCAAGAUUUUUACUCAGACCUCCAUUAACCAGUCAGCAUCUGAUACCAAACUGCUGUCAAGUGAAACCUUAAACCCACAUGAUGCAUCCUCAGAUCUUCCAGAAGCCAGUCAGCAGUCUGUAGAGAGUCUUAUUGAGGAGCUGCUGGAGCAGGCGCCGGGAGACCCACAGCUGCCUGGCGAUGCCAACGGUCAGGGCAUUAGCAUUGAGGCGUUCACACAGGAGCUGAGAGAACUGGAGGACCGGGUGAAAGAGCGCUGCAAAGCAGCCUGUCAGCUGGAGGAAAUCGCCAGAGAGAGUCUGUCCACUGAGCGCCAGGAAGAAGAACAGCAGCUGUCAUCAGCACUGGAGGGGAAGCUGACAGGUGACGUGAAGGCAGACGGGUCUGCGGUGGGCAUCUGUAGUCCUGCCAGACCACUUAACCAACCUGUCUCCCAGCCAUACACAGGUCCAUUCAUGACAGUUCUGUUUGCCAAGCUGGAGAACAUGCUCCAAAACUCGUUAUACGUCAACAUCCUGCUCACUGGCAUUGUGGCCCAGCUGGCCUGCUAUCCUCAGCCCCUCCUACGCUCCUUCCUGCUCAACACCAACAUGGUCUUCCAGCCCAGUGUCAAGUCACUAAUCCAGGUUUUAGGUUCUGUGAAGAACCGCAUCGAGGCAUUUGCCGCAUCUCACGAGGACUUUCCUGCCAUGCUGAGGAAAGCCCAGCAGUACUUGGUGGCCCGAAGCAAAGUGGACUGGAGCGACUCGCCGGCAGCAGUUCCUACUUUGCGCCGCUCUGAUUCCCUUGUGAAGAGUCGAAAGCCAUCUCUCGGAGACCUGAUUCUUCGUCACACAAACAGUCCAACACGGGCUCGGCACGCCGCUCAGCUCGCCCUCGCACACGUACGGGAUGGCGGCCAAUCACUGCACAGCGCUCUGUUCCGGGGCAGCGGAGGUGCGUCUGGCCUUGAGAAGCAAGCUGAAGCGCUGCGAGUAAAGAACGCCGUCUACUGCGCCGUUAUCUUCUGCGAGUUCCUCAAGGAGCUGGCUGCCCUCACGCAGGAGCACGCCGUCUCUUUGCCCUUCCCUCACAGCCAGGAAGCAGAGGAAUAGAAGGUAAACUCAGACUCCUCAAACUUAGCCUCACGUCUGUUGAUUUAGGCUGUACACAAAGAAGAAAUUUAAAUAGGAUUCUCCCAUCACCACAGGACACACUUGAGACUUUUCUGUCACUGAAAUGGAUCGUCUGCAACAGAGCAGACAAAAGAGGAAAACUGGGAUUUUUGUACCAAAAUGAUUAUAGGAUACCUAUAGGACUGGAAUCAUUUUCCUCAUCUGUACACUUAUGAUAUUGUGCAUAUCGUGUAUUAUAUUCACAUCCUGUACACAGAAAAUCUCGGUAAAUACUUGAGAUUCGGGAGCUUGUAUAUACACAUACCAUUUCAUGGUAUAAUACGACACAGUAAAGCCACAGAUUAAAGAAGUAGGUGCACAUAUUGGUGCUAGUCAAUACUUGUUAUCUUUUGUUUUGAAAGGGUGCUUUCAGGCUGGCACAAAGAAGGUUUCCUCUUCAACAACAACAGAAAAAACCACCAAAAAUUGUUUGGCAGGAAAAGAUUGAAAGCGUGUGCGAGUCAGCCACUUACAAAGUAAUCCCAUCAGUUUGGUCAUCUCCGUGCAGCUGGCUCAUGUUUGCUUUCAUCAGAGCUUUUGUCAAGGACGGGCUAAGAGAAAAAGUUCACUUUAAAAAACAGAAGCGUUCCCAAAAAACAUGGGAGCUUUUUAGGUUUAUUUUAAAAGGCUGCACUAAAUGCUAGUCAUCACUGAAUGAGAUGAAAACUGGAAAAACCUCCAUGUGGGGGAGUGCCACUUUGUCUCCUGUGAAUCAGCACGACUACCAUAAUUGUAGUGAGAAACUUGGGGUAAUUAUUGCCUUUUUCUUUUAACGUUUUAAACAUUUGUCUUCUGAAUUUGCACCAUUUUAUAGACAUAUCAGCAACAUGUGGGAGCAGAUGUGUCUGCCAUUGUGUAUGAGAGUUUAUUUGAAUGAAUCACUCCUUUCCAAAAAGGUGACGCCAACUGUUCAGACCAUUAGCUAACCAUUCACUGGUUGUCAUUUAAAAAAAAAAAAAAAAAAUUAGGCGGAGGAAUCACGAAGACGGCACUCUUGUAUACGGAAGAGGAUUAGGGCCACUGGGGAAAAAAGUGGGCACGUCUCUUUUUUCUUAUUUUCCAGAAUUCUGAGAAAAAAGUCAAAAUUCAGAAAAAAAAGUUAGAAUCCUGAGAUUAAAGUCAAAUAAUUUUUUUUCUCAGAAUUCUGAGAUUAAAAUCAGAAUUCUGACUUUAAUCUCAGAAUUCUGACUUUAUUUCUCAGAAUUCUGGAAAAGAAGCAAAAAAAGGACGUGCCCACUUUUUUUUUCCCCACUGGCCCUAAUGCUCUUCCAUACUUGUACGUGUUGCAUCCUUUGUGUGUCAUUUAGUGUUUUUGAAAGACCCGAAAUUCUGCAAGAUUUUUUUAUUUUUUUUAACUCCACCUGUGCGUUGGCAUUAUUUCCAUUUAUUUUGAAUUUGAUGAAACAGAAUCUCAUGAGGCGUUCAUUGACUUUUCUUGAAAAAUAUUUUUUUUCUCGGUGAGACAGGCCAAACCGAACACACAGGACAUCUGGGAAAAUAAUAUGCUGCUACUUUUUUUUUUUUUAACACUAACACCCAUUUUAAUGGUGAAAUAGCUACUCUAUCUUUUUAUUUCAUUGGGUACCAAGUAUAAAUGUGCACGUGGAGGUGCUGAUGCAAGUUGUGAUCAGCUUUUCUUUAAUUUAUUGUGUUUUGAGGUUGAAUGAAGUUGCAGCCACACAGUGUUAAAAGCUUUUGCCAAGACUUGAUAUUCACUGUUUUCCUUUGUAAUGUGUUGCUAAUUUGUUUUUUGGGUUUGUUUCUUUUUGUUUUUUUAUAAAAUGGUAAGUAGUCAUUUUACAGCUCUGUAAUAUCUGUAGCAGUUUUCUGUAAUGUUGCCAGAAACUGUAAAAACUGUAAAAAUGUGCAUUAUUCUUAGGAGUGCUUUGUUAAAUCAUCUACCUGUGACCCAGCUUUCCAAGUAACAUAUUUGCACAUACUAGCCAUUCUCUCUCAACUCUUAGCAGUAGAGAAACUGCCUGCCACCCUGCAAAACGUCUAACAUUUCUUUCCCAUUACACCACUUUCACUUUCUGCAACAAGCUGAGACGUCCUCAGCUCGUCGAAGCCAUAGCCGUGUUCGUCAUGCUCGUACGUGUGGGAUUUCGUCCCGGCUGUGAGUCACUUUUCUACAGAAUUUCUUAGAUGCAUUUCGUAAUGACCCAUAGUUUGUUUCUGUUUUUUUAUUAAUAGGUAAAUAGAUUCUGCAUGUCAGAUAAGGCGAGGUUUUAUGAUAAACUAACAGUUAAGUAGUGUUUGGUUUGUGCAAUAGUACUGAGCUUAAAUUAGCUUCCAUGCAGUAGGGUUUAGUGGUUAGUGAGCCGUGCAGUCACCUGCAGAGCUCGGCGAUGACAGCGAAAACAGGUUUCACGCUAAAUGUUUGCUCUGGGUAGAGAAAUCUCUCUUGUACUUUACACACUGCCAUCCGUCCAUCCGCGUAUCACCCAGUCUGCUGUACAUGUGUGAUCUGAAGAGCGAGGGAGAGGAAACAAAAAACCAAGAACAGAGGGCCUCAUUCCUCAUCAGGUUCCAUGUCUUUUACACUCAAGAUUGUGUUUUCUAACAAAACUAUUUUUUACAAACAGCUCUGAUAACGAUUGAUGGUACUUGCUCUGUUUCUUAGUGUCACUUCCAGUCACAGUUACAGUCAUUUGUGUUCAUGGACACCAAAGACAAUCGCUGAUACCUGAAACUCACAAUGUCUGUUUAAGCAAUCGUAGACAGUUUGAUGGUACACGGUCUGAACACUGUAAUGAACCUUAUCCACGAAUCGCGCUUCUUUAGUCAACGUUUCAAGCCCACAAAACGGUGCCAGUUAGAGUUUUUGUUUUUUAAUGAUUUAAAAUUUUUAAGGCUCAGCCUAAUUAACGAAAAGGGAGCUUCUCAGUAAGAACGUGGCAUUAAUAAAUUUGUCUAAUUAGGGAUUGCAGUCUGUACUCGCGGUUAAUUUUUAAAUUUUAUUUGAUCUUUUUUAGUUCAUUUGUAAGUAUACAAAAACCAAUGUGAUGAAGUUUGUAAUGUGGUGUUUUUAUAAGGGGAUUAUUUCCUACCAGGGCCUUUGACGUCUUCCUUGAAAGACUGUAAGCAGAAGUUAAUUUAGAGCAAUGAUUAUAUGAAAAAACACAUGUUGCACACAGAUAAAUGAAAGGGAGUCUGGCAAAUAUAAUCAAGGCUUCAUGGUGACUGUGAUGGAUUUACUUAGCUUUAUGGAAGUUGCUUUUCAUACUCUGCUGGUUUUUAAAGAAAAAAAUAUAUAUAUAUAUAUAUACAUAUAUACAUGAGCACUCCAAUCGUUCACAUAACAGGGGUCAUGGACGGGGGCACAGGCCUUUUUUUUUUUCUCAUUCUUUUUGAUUUUGACGCUUUCUGCUUUCAGCAGCUACCACGGCUAGAUGCACAACAUGUUUUUGUUCCUCUAGUGGCCACGGAGUAAUCAUGCUUUAACAAAUCUGAAAAAAAAAGUUCAUGCUUAAUUUGUUUAGCACAAUGAACGAUGGCCUUCCAAAACGUGUGAGCUCUUUAUGAACUAGCAUCUCAGCCAGUGUGAGCUGCAGCGUCUCAUCUCAGCUCUGCUCAGACUCCAAACCUGCUUCCUUGGCCGGGUAUUGUUGUUUUCAGACUCUGUUAACUGACAAAUAAAAAAAGGAGGAGUUGUAAACCCAAAGCUAAGCUCCGUAAGAUUA